GUAAGCAUGGCCAACCAACUGCCAACUCCGUUGCUGCUGCUCUUCAUUGGAUUUAGCUGCAUGGCCAUCACAAUUGGCCAGAGAUUGCCGUUGCCAACACUUCGUCUGAUGGCGCCAAGUUUCUCAUAUGCCGAGAGCUUCGAGCGCUUCGAUUCCUUGGAGGAUGAUGUGGCAGAUGUGGAUGCCAACGAGAUGCAGCGUGCGGGGCAACAGCUCAAUGAGCUGGUGGGUCGACAGCUGACCAGUGCGGUGGCCCCGCUGUCAGCGGUUCCAUUUCUGGGCUUAGCACGCCGCCAGCCGGGCAUUGUGGCACCCCGAUCUGGUGUGGAAGCGGCUCUGCGGUUUGCCGACUCCGGCAACUCGGAGGAGGAGGAGGAGUCCAGCGAAGAGGACAGUGAGGAGCCCCAGUCCGAGACGGAUGCGGAGACCGAACCGGAGACGGAUGCAGGCGCGGACACGGCACAGGAGCCGCACCCGCAGACGGAGUAUAAUCCGUAUCGCGACAAUUUCAAUGACCAAAACGCGGAUGGCAGUUAUGUCUACGGCUACUCGCUGCCAAAUGGCGUCCGUCGCUGGGAACGUGGCUAUCACUUGCAGCAACAAAAUGGCCUCGUCGUUGAGGGAUUUUAUGCACAGCCUCGUCAAGUUGGCAAUGGCAAGGGUGUUGAGUACGAGCUGCGUUGCUAUCGGGCCGAUUCCCAUGGCUAUCAUCCAUUAGCAGUCGAGUAUCUGGCACAGCCGCCACGUGUCCGUCGCUUUGAGUUACCCAAUCUGCGUUGCUUUAAUGCCAAUCGAUUGCGUCGAUAACGAUAAACGAUUAACGAUAGCAAUAACAAUAACGAUAGACGUGAAUGUGUAUAUUAUGAGAUACUCAACCUGGUACUUUUUUUUUGUGCACGUAAUAAAAUGAAAUAAUUUAAAACUAAA